CGAGAGGGUUGAAGAGAGUGAGAAAAAGAGCGGGAGAGGUGAAGAGAGAAAGAGGGAGAUCGAGAGAGAAGAGACGAGGCAGGAAGGGAGCAGACGAGGGAUUGAGAGAUAGAGGUGAAGAGGGAGGGUGGUGGAGGAUGAGGUUCUUGAUGGAGAUGGUAAUUCUUGACUAUAGAGGACUGAAUGAAUCAUACGGUUAGAAUAUUUGGAGACUUCCUCAAUUCAGUUAAGGGUUUGCUUGGACAGGGAGAAACCGAACAAACUGAGCUUAGAGAAAUUGAUUUGCAGUAUAGUUUAAGAGGGAACAUCCUUUUUGGGCUAGCAAGGGGGCUGUGUUACGUAUGGUUAGCCCCUGGAGUGCUUUUCUAGUCAUCUGCAGAUUGGUAAUUCUUGAGGUUUUAUCUGAAACUGAGAUGUGUAUUAUUCUACCAUUGAUAAGUUGAACGGGGUGAGCUUGAAGGAGAAGUUUGUUUCAGCAUACAGUAAGGGAGUUAAUAUUGUCGUUCUCUUGAGGGGGCUAUGGCAGCGUGCAGUCCCUCCUAGAACCUUACUUAGAGUUUGUAUGUCAUUGUAAGGGCUGGAACCUACUUGCAUAGUAAUGGUGGGCUGGAUUGGGAAACCACACCCAAGGAGAUGCCUGGGGAACGUACUGAAUAGUAUUUCCUUCUUCUGUGAGCAGAUUUUACUGAGAAAGAGAGAAUUUCCGGAGCGAUAGAGUUCCUUAGCGGCUUUGUUCCCCUCAAGAAUCGGCUUCUUCCUCACAAGAACCUCUUGCUCUCUUUGUUCAAGAACCAUAGCCAUGUUGGCGUCUGUUCCCAAGGCCACCACCUACCUCCCCACAUGCCAACACUCACCCCUGAAGAAAAGCUUCCUCCCUCCUCGAACUCUCCACCUCCCCACCAACGGCCAGCAUCAAACCAGAACCCUCUUCACCACCACCCCUAAAUGCACCUUCCAGAACCCUAAACCAAUUCAGACUGCCGCUGCCGCCGUCACAGCAUCUAACACCGUCGCUACCCCUUCCGAUGCCGUCGGCGUGUCCACCUUAUCUUCCCCUCAAGUUCGGGUGGACAUCCUCUCCGAGUCGCUCCCUUUCAUCCAAAAGUUCCAUGGUAAGACCGUCGUCGUCAAGUACGGAGGAGCAGCGAUGAAGUCGCAUGCCCUCCAGCAGGGCGUCGUCCAGGACCUUGUCCUCUUGAGCUGCGUCGGCCUGCGACCGGUCCUCGUCCAUGGCGGCGGUCCAGAGAUCAACCAGUGGCUUCAGCGACUCGCAAUCGAGCCCCAAUUCCUCAACGGCCUCCGAGUCACCGACGCCGCCACCAUGGAGAUCGUCGAGAUGGUUCUCGUCGGUAAGGUCAACAAGGCCCUUGUUUCCCUCAUUAACAAGUCCGGCGGCUCCGCUGUCGGCCUUUCUGGCAAGGACGGCCGCCUUCUCACCGCCCGACCAAACCUUGCUGCUACGGGUCUUGGCUUUGUUGGUGACGUUGCUAGCAUUAAUCCCAAGAUCCUCCAUGCUCUCAUCGAAAAUGGCCACAUCCCUGUGGUGGCUUCUGUUGCUGCCGACGAGGCGGGUCAGGCGUACAACAUCAAUGCCGAUACGGUGGCAGGGGAGGUGGCGGCGGCGGUAGGAGCAGAGAAGCUGAUAUUGCUGACGGAUGUGCCGGGGAUCCUGAUGGAUCGGACAGACCCGGGGACAAUAGUGAAGGAGGUAGACCUCAAGGGGGUGAAGCGGCUCAUAGAGGAAGGGAAGGUCUCCGGCGGAAUGAUACCCAAGGUGAACUGCUGCAUCCGUUCGCUGGCUCAAGGGGUGAAGACUGCAAGCAUCAUCGAUGGCCGGCUGCCACACUCUCUUCUGCUCGAGAUCCUCACCGACGAGGGUGCUGGCACCAUGAUCACAGGCUGAGAUUCGUGUCAUUUUUUCUUUUUCCUUUUAGCCGUCUGAUUCUUUCUCCCUUUCUCAUUUUGCCCAUCCUUCUGAGAUUUACCUGGUGACUUUUGCCGUAUUGCUUUAGGGCAGUCACCACAAUCUAGUAAAAGGGAGGAAGAUUGUAAUUUCUGUCAUAACUGGCUGCCAUUGAUAAGGUUUAAUGGUAUUGUACUGUACCUUUAUCGUUAGUGGGGAUGAGAAUGAGCAAAUUUGAAGGCAAGGAGCUUUGGUUUUCUA